GACAUCGCGAGGCAAGUGCAAGGGCAAAGCAACGUCCAGAUGGCAGACUCGCAUUUGCUCAUCGACAAGCACGUACAGUACAUACAGAACCUUGGAAAUAGCAAAGAUGACCUGUCCUAUCAUAUGACCGCCCACCUUCGUAUGAACGCCAUCUACUGGGGCCUCACCGCCCUCUGCAUCAUGGGCCACAAGGAAGCACUCGACAGAGAGGAGAUGAUAGAAUACGUUAUGAGCUGCUGGGACGACGAAGCAGGGGCUUUUGGCGCGCACCCGGACCACGAUGCCCACAUCCUCUCGACACUUAGUGCCAUCCAGAUCCUGGUCACUCACGAUGCGCUCGACAGAAUCGACGUCGAUCGAGUCACAAAGUUCAUCCUGUCCCUGCAACAGCCUUCCGGCGUGUUCGCGGGUGACAUGUGGGGCGAGAUCGACACACGGUUUUCUUAUAUCGCCGUAAACGCACUGUCCCUCCUUGGCCGCCUCUCCGAGCUGGACGUCGAGAAGACUGUUUCCUAUAUCCGUCAAUGUCGGAACUACGAUGGCGGGUUUGGAAAUACGGCUGGGGCGGAAAGUCAUUCUGGACAAGUCUUCGUAUGCGUGGCUGCGCUCGCCAUUUUGGACAGACUAGACGAGAUCGACCAGCCCUCGCUUUGCUGGUGGCUGUCCGAGCGACAGCUUCCCAACGGAGGCUUGAACGGUCGCCCCGAGAAGCUUGAAGACGUCUGCUAUAGCUUCUGGGUGCUAUCUGCGUUAUCGACGUUGGGAAAGCUUUCAUGGAUCGAUUCCGACAAGCUAACAAAGUUCAUUCUCUCUGCGCAAGAUACGGAUAGAGGUGGCAUAGCCGAUCGCCCUGGAGACGAGCCCGACGUAUUCCACAUUCAUUUUGGCAUCGCUGGCCUGUCUCUUCUCGGCUAUCCUGGCUUGGUCGACCUUGAUCCCGUCUACUGCAUGCCUGCUCCCAUAAUCGAGAAGAUGGGUCUACGUAAAGGUUGGAAGGCACUUCCGCGAAGAACCCUCGGAGUGUAAUAAAGGACGUCUAGUAGUAUAUGAUAAACCUAGGAUCAGUUAAGAUACAACACAGACCUAUGCUCGCAUUUUCAAUAUAUCGAUACGUUGUGGUUUGCGAUGCGCACCCGCAACCGCACAGUAUUGUCCUCGCG